AUGGUGGUGAACGCCGAUCAGGACGGAGAAACGCCGCGGAGCCCAGAAGCGAAACUGGGUAUGCAGGUGGAGGAUUUGUGGGAUAUACAGGAGCCCCAGUUGAGUCCUACUGAGAAGCUUAAUGCUUGCUUUGAGAGUAUUCCUGUUUCUGCCUUCCCUCCUGCUCCUUCUAACCAAGUUACUGAGAUAAGCUCGGACUCGAGUUUGGCUGAAGCCGUGAAGUUACUGGCCCGGAAUAAAAUCCUCAGUGCACCUGUGGUGGAUUGCAAAGCGCCUGAAGAUGCAAGUUGGAUUGACAGAUACAUAGGCAUUGCAGAGUUUGCUGGCAUUGUUGUGUGGAUAUUGCAUCAGUCAGAAAAGAUGGAAGGUGGCGAUUUCUUCGAUUUGGCAAUGAAUAGCUCGGGAAAUGAUUUUGGUCCUGCUGUUGAAGCGGCAGCUAAUGGAAUGUCUUCACCGAGGUUUAAAAGUAUACACCCUGACUCUCCUACAACAACUUGUGGAAAAUUUUUCGAGUUGCUUACUUCUUCCAACCUCUAUAAGGACACAAAGGUUGGGGAUAUCUCGGGAUCUUUUCGCUGGGCUCCAUUUCUUGCACUACAGAAAUCUAACUCUUUCUUGACGAUGCUUCUACUGCUAUCAAAAUACAGAAUGAAGAGUAUUCCUGUGGUUGAUUUAGGGGAAGCAAAGAUUGACAACAUCAUCACGCAAUCCGCUGUUAUUCACAUGCUGGAAGAAUGUUCUGGACUUCAUUGGUUUGAAAGCUGGGGAUCCAAAAAACUAUUUGAACUUGGUCUGCCACUAAUGAAAUCUAGUCAGAUUAUUAAGGUGUGCGAGGAUGAGCCUGUGCUGCAAGCAUUUAAACUAAUGAGACAAAAGGGAGUUGGAGGGCUACCGGUGGUUCGAAGUGGUGGAAAUAAGGCAAUUGGUAAUAUAAGCAUCAGUGAUAUCCAGUUCCUUCUCAUUGCUCCUGGAAUCUACAACGAAUACAGGUCUAUUACAGCCAAGAACUUCUUGACAGCAAUUAGACGCUAUCUAGAGGAGCAUCAGAAAGAGUCGCCAUUGUUGAGCGGCAUGGUUACAUGCCGGAGAGAUGAGACGCUGAAAGAAGUUAUCGUUAAACUCGAUUCGAUGAAGAUCCAUCGGAUUUAUGUAGUGGAUGAGACUGGGUCUAACUUGAGCAGUGCCUUUUUUGAGAGAAGGGGUCAAGGAGCCAACAGAGAGCCAAUUCACAGCUUCUUCGUAUUGGACAUGGGCCUCAGCUGUUUGAAGAAUUGUAACUUGGACAGACUACAUGAUGGAGAAUCACUCCCCGCCUAA